AUGUCGUUCAAGAAGUUUGCUAUGGUAGCCCUGGCCGGCGCCGCCUUGGCCAUGGACAGCAUGGGAGGCAUGCCAGACUCGGGCAGCGGAAUGGAAAGUUCAGCGGCCGUCGCCCCGACCGUGGCCGAGACUACCGAGGCGGCACCCAUGACCACCGAGGUCGCACAGGGUACGGUCGACACCACCCCGUUCACCAACUCUUCCGUCAUCAUCACUAACGAUGCCUCUGCACGGACAGGCGGGGAUGCUAGCAGUUCGGCCGCAGUGGCCACGACCGCCGAGGGCACGGCGGCAUCGCCCAUCGACCCAAUGUCCACCGCGGACGCAGCUAGCAUGGAUGCCACGGCGUCGGCAGAUGACAUGACUACCAUGUCGACUAGUGUCAUGUCCAUGGACAGCAUGCCCAUGGGAACCGGCGGGGCGUACCCGAAUGCUUCGUCCACUGGCAGUAUUCCAAUCUCCGGCAGCGACGCCGGCAGUGGUGUUUCCAUUGUGCUCAUCAUUGCCUCGACUAUGCUUGGAGGCCUAUUCGUACUGUAA